CAGCGGCUUGCAGUCUGACACUGCCUCACUUCGUUAUCGUAAAUGUCAGAUUUAAAUCGGCCACGACCCCGACGAAAAAAGUAGAAAUCAAAACAAACUUGUACUCUAGCGGCGCAAUUUGGCAUUAUGCAAAAAAAUGGCAGAACUCUCAGUAGAUAACGAAAACGAGCGGAUCAGAAUCACGACAAGCACACCGCCAGGAUCCCCGCGAGACAGAAUGGAUUCGUCUUUGUCUCCGCUGCGGAAAAUCUCGGAUCCCUGGAACAUCUCGCUCAACCACAUCGACGAGCUGCCCAUUUUCAGUAUACGCUCGAUAGCGCCGUCCAGCAGAUCACCCUCGCCCAUCGAAAACAUCUCCAUCACGUCCAUUCCAGAAGUCGACGAGCCCAACCCCGAGGAGGAGGAGGCCGACGACAGCAAUCGAAGCCAUGACCAAAGACUUCAUGACCACGACACCGACUUAGUAUCGCUGGAGGAGAUCAAUGCUCAGAUCCACACACCAACUAGCUAUAGACCAAAAAGGGCCAUGAGCCUCGACACCAUUUUCGAAGGAGUCUUCCUCGAGACUCCGCCGCGAAGACUGGACUGCAAUAGUGCGCCGCGAAGGCGACAAUUCCACUCGCCCCCGCGGCGCCGGAUGCGGAGUAGCUUAAGUUGCUUAGUACUUGAGGAGUAAUCCAUUCAGGCUGUACAAGAAUUCUUAAUUCUCUUUUUGCGAAGGAAAGUGUUAGACGUUAAGUGUUUAGUUAAGUCCGAUAUUAUUUUUGUAUGUACUUUUUAUGCAUUUUUUGACAGAGAUUUGAUUCGAGCUUGUAAUUAAAUCAGAUUCAAUGGAA